UUCUUAAGCGUGUUCGAUAGAAUGAGCUGUCAUCCUUGAUAACUUAAGUUAAAAAAUCCUAUUUUUAUGUUUGAACUUUUCAGACUAUCUAAAAAUAGCUGCCGUGCAAUUGUACUUAUAUUCGUUUCCUGAAUCAUGUCGGAUAAUGAAAUUGUGGUCUCUGUAGUGAUUCCAUUUCCGUCACAUCGAGAAGCAGAAAUCGCUUACGACGUACUCCGGAUCGACGCUGAACCAAAACGUAGCUUCAUCGAAAAGUCCCUACGGUUAGAGAAUAAUUCGUUAUUGGUUGAACUACGUGGUCAACAAGCUAAAAACGUGCGGGUUGGAGUAAAUUCAUUUUUCGAAUCGCUGCUUCUGUGCUGCGAAACAAUUAAUCAAUUCGGACCGGUGGUAUCUGAUGAAUAUCAUCAUUAUUAG